AUGCCCGCCUCUCUGGAGACCUGUCUCUCUGACCUCGACUGCUCCACCACCAGCAGCAGCAGUGAACUCUCCGGCUUCCUCACCGACGAAGAGGACUGUGCCAGGUUCCAGCCGCCAAGCUCAGCUUCGGCACCACCCGCGCCGCCGCGCAGAGGCUCUCCUGGGAUCCCCGGGGCUCCGGAUGCGCCAGGGGCGCAAGACGACGAGCAGGAGCGGCGGCGGCGCCGAGGUCGUGCGCGAGUGCGCUCGGAGGCGCUGCUGCACUCGCUGCGCAGGAGCCGGCGAGUCAAAGCCAACGACCGUGAGCGCAACCGUAUGCACAACUUGAACGCCGCACUGGACGCGCUGCGGAGCGUACUGCCUUCCUUCCCCGAUGACACGAAGCUCACCAAGAUCGAGACUCUGCGCUUCGCCUACAACUAUAUCUGGGCUCUGGCAGAGACACUGCGCCUGGCGGACCAGGGACUACCCGGAGGCGGUGGUGCCAGGGAGCGCCUCCUGCCACCGCAGUGCGCCCCCUGCCUGCCAGGGCCUCCCAGCCCCGCCAGCGACGCCGAAUCCUGGGGUUCUGGUGGUGCAGCAGCCACCUCGCCCCUCUCGGACCCCAGUAGCCCAGCCACUUCCGAAGACUUCGCCUACGGCUCGGGCGAUCCCCUCUUCUCUUUCCCUGGCCUGGCCAAAGACUUGCUCCACACGACGCCCUGUUUCGUUCCCUACAACUAG